GUCUGUUCUGUUGGUUUGUGUUCGUGUGAGUUGUGCGGCGGCUCUUCCACCGUUUGUGACUGCGGACAGCAUUGGUUUGUUAUUCUGUCCUUUUUCACAGAUAUUUUUAAGCGUUUCAAAUGUAAAACGAAGUCCAUUUUUUUUUUAAAUGAUAAGAUAGCAGAGUGGCUAACUGAUUCGCUGCUGCUUUCUCGGCAGGGACACUGAAUCAAACACAACACCGGCUUGACCGGAUCCAGCCAUCUUUGUGAUCAGCAGAGGAAUCAAAACAUCUGGUUCUCCGUGGUGUACGCGUGUUUUCUGACUCAUUCGUGCAAGUGUGAAAGUGACGAUCUCUAAGAAGUAGCAAAGGCGGUUAUUUGGACAAAGGGAAGCUUCACCUUCAGAGAAAUUGGAAUGACUUUUGGUGAAAACUUCACGUCAUUGUGUCCAAAUGGUUCACCGUGGGUUUGGAAUACCUUUGGCGAAUGUGCCCAGGAUGCGAGGGACAUGGCGAGCGUCUGCCUCGGCCUGCUGUCCAUUCUUUGCUUCAUGGUGUCUAGUCUACCGCAGUACUACAAGUCCUGCAAAACGGGAAAUAUGGACAGCGCUCUCUCCAUUUGGUUUCUCCUGCUGUGGUUGGGAGGUGACUCCUGCAACUUACUGGGAUCCAUCUUAGCUGACCAGCUUCCACUUCAGGUAUAUACAGCAAUAUAUUAUGUCUUUGCUGAUUUGGUGAUGCUGACGAUGUACUGUUACUACAAAGUGCGGCACAGAAACGCUGAAGACAGGCAGAUUCUACAUGUGUUGGGCGUGGCCUGUGUCUUGAGCUUCACCUCCACUCUCGUCUGCCUGCCUGGGUCAAGCACCCAGGAAAACACCAUUCUUCCUGGGUUCAAAGGUCGCACCUUGCUUUCAGUCACUGAUGCUGGCCCAGUCAAAAAAUUUACCUCCAAAGAGAUUAUUGGCUUCUCUAUUGGCUCUAUAUCAUCAUUGCUGUACCUCUGUUCUAGAGUUCCUCAGAUUUACACAAAUUACAAGAGGAAGUCAACAGAGGGAGUCUCGUACUUUCUUUUUGCUCUAGUCAUCCUGGGGAACAUUACAUAUGGCUCGAGUGUCCUGCUGAAGAACCCUGAGCGAGGCCAAAGUGAGGCUAGCUAUGUGGUCCAUCACCUGCCCUGGCUCAUUGGCAGCCUUGGCACAUUCCUCUUAGACCUCACUGUAUCCUUUGAAGAGUCAAGGUCUCAGAACUUUAAUUCCAUUCUUUUGUUAGGCAGUUGAGUUUGACAAGGCAGA